AUGAAUUCAACAAAUCCAGCAAGUGUUUUAGGUUUUGGUACAUGGCAGCAGAUUGUAGACAAAUUCUUAUACUGUGCUAACUCUUCAAAGCAAACAGGAGGUUCGAAGAAAAUUACUGAAGCAAACCUUCCACCGCACACUCAUACAGGAACUACAAACACAACAGGUAGUCAUUCACAUUCAAUAACAAAAAGAGGUUAUACAAAUCUUGCAGCAGGUUCGGAUAGACAGGGAAUGCAUAGAUAUGAUAUUUCAAGUGACCCAGUAGAUUCAAGCGCAGGUAUUUUCUGUGAAACCACAGGAAAUCAUUCACACACUUUCACAACAAAUCCAACAGGCUCGGGUGAAGAUUAUAUGCCACCAUUUAUGACUGUAUUCGCAUGGUACCGCGUUCAAUGA